UGAAGACAUGUCUGCGGACUAAGAAUAUAACCGUGACGAAAUAAAAGGGGCCAUGUUAAAUUUUGGCCGUAUUCAGCAUUAAAUCAACCGGUAUAUAGCUCAGGAGCUGGUUCAAAGAUCCAAGUUUUGUUUGAAAGAUGGAUAACGAUGUUCUUAUCUCGCGAAAGAUCUUGAUUAUUGGAGAAAGUGGCGUUGGAAAAUCCAGGUACAAAAAUCGUUUUAGAGUCAAUGGCUUCCGAAUUCGAAAUAUAUAGCCGUAACGAAUGUCUCUCAUAACAGAGGAUCAUUCUAUUUGAAAAUCACAUGCUCAAAAUUGAAAAUAAAUUGAUAGUAACGUGAUUUUCCAUAUAGAUUUGCUGUUGUCUUUCAUGUGACAAUUCGCUGUCGAUCUCAACCGCACAAAUAAGUGUCCUUGUCGUUAUUGUGAAGUUCUUUAUUUAAUGCUGUCUGCUUCUAAUCACAGCCUGCUUCUAAGAUUCACUGAUGACACAUUUGACCCUGACAUUGGAUCCACCAUAGGUAAGAGUUAA